CCCACUGCGACACCUCAGAAGCCCAAAUCGAGCGUUGCAGCACUUUUCUCCGGUCCCUUCUUGCUCAUUAUUAAUUCGCACAGGAGCGGUCCUAAUGGCUGUGCCUGCGACACGACACUAAGUGUGGCGAAGGCUGAGCGCUUCCCCUGCUCCGCGAUGAAUUUGCGUACUGUCGACUUGCACUCGACUGCUAAGCACAAAUAAUUGCAACUCUUCGAUCCAAAUGCUUUCGCGAGGCGACAGUAUACCUGCUCUCCGCUCUUGGACGAGAUGGACAAGAUACAUCGCCCGCGUCUCCUUCCAGAUAUCGACGAGGCUGCAGUUCGCUGUCAGUUCCUCUGGUAUCAGUUCCAAGAACACAGGCUCUCACCGUGCUCGAAUGCAUCGAUCGCCGAAUCGCAAGCUACUUAAUGGCUCAGGAAGUACCUCGAGUCAUCAUAUUGUAUGCAGCCUGAACGAUAAGUCGAAAAUACCUAACGCCAGGAUACAUGCACCUGGAAGACUUAUCCAAGAUCUCGCAUGCUUCUUUCAAGAGCAAGGAUACUUGCCCAUCUCCUUAGAGGAUAUCACCACGGUCGCGCAAAUCAAUACGGCCGGGGAUGCCAUCGAAGAGGUCCCCUCUCAAGCAGCUGGUCGGCUGUGGCGUUUCGAGUAUCUCGUACCCUGCGAAGGGCUCAUAGAGCCGGGGCAAAGUCCCUCGGCGGCCUAAGUCGAACCACUGGAAGGACACGCCAAAAUACUCAGGUAGACGGUCACUGGGCGGCCGGCGACGGAUGAAGUUGGUUCGAUGUGUUCAAGUUAGAGGACAGAGCAUUUGGGGUUUGGGUGAGAUGGCCAUGAUUCACCGCUGGAGAGGCUAUGGAUAAUGUAUAUUGUCCUCGAGGUCGCUGCAUUAGUGGAUAGGGAAGUAGAGAGUUCGCAGGAGUGGGACACGUUAUUCUUCGUGUCUGCAUGAACGUGCGGCCAGUGUCGUUGCUUAUUCGGCCCCCAUCCCCAACUCCUGUGAAACA